AUGUUUGGGGUCCAGUUUGCAGUCAGCAGUGGAAUAUGCACCAGAGGUGCCUUCAUGCAGCUCAUCAAAGUGAAAGAAGAUUUAAAGGAGCAGAUUGGCUGUGACUUCAUCUUGGUAAUUGACACAGAGAGGCUUAAAGCCCCAGUACUCGCUCAACUGGCAGAGAGUUAUGAACAUGACAAUGAAUUGGCCACACUGGUUGUGGGACUAAGUGACAUCACAAUCAUCAACAUCGCCAUGGAGAAUGCCACAGAGAUGAAGGACACCCUGCAUAUUGAGGUUCGUGCUUUUCUCAGGAUGAAGGAAGUGGGGAAGAAGCCAAUGUGUCACUUUGCACUUCAGAAUGGGCCAGAUGUGGCUGCCCAUGACAAAAAUUCAAGAGACUAA